CUAUUCUGUUCGUUUCUAUAAAUAGAGGGCAUGCAACGUAACAUAUUACUCAUCACUUACUUAACAUACUAAGAGAGUUAUUAGAACUUGCAAAAAAUGGCUUCCAAGGCUUUGAUUCUGUUAGGUCUCUUCUCAGUUCUUCUCGUCGUCUCCGAAGUGUCUGCCGCAAGGCAAUCGGGCAUGGUGAAGCCAGAGAGUGAGGAAACUGUGCAACCUGAAGGUUAUGGCGGUGGCCACGGAGGACAUGGUGGUCACGGAGGGGGAGGAGGCCACGGACAUGGAGGACACAACGGAGGAGGGGGCCACGGACUUGACGGAUACGGAGGAGGUGGAGGACACUAUGGAGGAGGUGGAGGACACUACGGAGGAGGUGGAGGACACUACGGAGGAGGUGGAGGACACUACGGAGGAGGUGGAGGACACUACGGAGGAGGUGGUGGAGGACACGGAGGUGGAGGACACUACGGAGGUGGUGGAGGAGGAUACGGAGGUGGAGGAGGACACCACGGAGGAGGAGGCCACGGGCUAAACGAACCUGUUCAGACUAAGCCGGGUGUUUAAAACUAUAUAAUAUCUUCACUACCAUGCAUGAUUGCAUAUAUAUAUAUACGCUUAUGUAUUAUCUAUAUGCCUAUAAAUAAACCAUGGUGAGUUUGUAACGCAGUGCCUUCAGAAAUGUUCGGAAUAAAUUUCCAUAAUAUUAGUAUAAUGUCUCUCUGUUUGAAUUAUAAACUGCGCUGUUUGCAUAAUAAAAUCUCUUGUAGCUAGGUC